AUGAUUGAAUUCAAAUUUUAUGAAAGAGUUGUGGCUUUUAAAUCUAAGGGGAAAAAAGUGCUAGUAGCAAUCGGUGGAUGGAACGACUCCCAGGGAGAUAAGUACAGUCGGCUGGUAAAUUCAGCAGAUUCUAGAAAGAGAUUUAUCACACAUGUAGUGCAAUUCAUUGAGAAAUACAACUUUGAUGGGUUGGAUUUAGACUGGGAGUAUCCAGUCUGCUGGCAGGUUGAUUGUACGAAAGGUCCUGCAUCCGAUAAAGAAGGAUUUACAAAUUUAGUCAAAGAAUUGAGCGCAGAAUUUAAACCCAAAGGGCUCCUUUUAUCGACUGCAGUAUCCCCCAGUAAACGAAUCAUAAACGAAGGAUACGACGUUGCAGAAAUAGCCAAAUAUUUCGACUGGAUUUCUGUUAUGACUUAUGACUUUCAUGGUCAGUGGGACAAAAAAACUGGUCACGUAGCACCACUUUAUGAGCUACCUGACGACUGGGAACCUACUUUUAACGCUAAUUUCUCAAUUCAUUACUGGAUGGAGCAAGGUGCACCUGCGAAGAAAUUAGUAAUGGGUGCACCACUUUACGGACAAUCAUUCUCUCUCGCAGAGAGAAGCGAGAGGGGCCUGAAUGCACCGACUUAUGGAGGUGGAGAAGCUGGCGAAGCUACGAGAGCUAGAGGAUUCUUAUCUUACUACGAGGUAAAUAAUUCACUUGAUCAAAUUUUACAGAAAAAUUAUGAACAAAUUUCAGUAUGGCCUAAAAUGUUUUAA